UCCAGGUACUGUCGGGGUAGCCGCCGUAACGGCUGGCCCGGGCCUGACCAACACGGUGACGGCAGUGAAGAACGCACAAAUGGCGGAAUCUCCUCUGCUGCUUUUGGGAGGAGGUGCUGCUACACUACUGCAGGGAAGAGGAGCGCUGCAAGACAUCGAUCAGAUGUCUCUCUUCAAGCCGCUGUGUAAAUUCUGUGCCUCCAUCAGGACGGUGAGGGAAAUCGUGCCGACUCUCAGGAAAGCUCUCGCCGUCGCUCAGUCAGGAACGCCGGGCCCUGUUUUUAUAGAGUUCCCCAUCGACACCCUGUACCCCUAUCACCUUGUGUCCAAAGAGUUUGCACCCAAAACCCCUCCGAAAGGCCUGAUGGGAAGCAUCAUUUCAUGGUAUCUUCAGAAUCACCUCAUGAACCUCUUUGCUGGAGCCUGGGAGGCCAGAGAUGUCUCUCCUCUUCCUGUCCACAUCCCUCAAGCCACGAGCGAUCAGGUACAGAAGUGCAUAGAGCUGGUGAGUCGAGCAAAGAAACCCGUCAUUCUUCUGGGUAGUCAGGUGACUCUGCCUCCAUCGCCGGCCGACCACGUCAGGAAGGCUUUGGAAGAUCUAGGGAUCCCCUGCUUUCUCGGAGGCAUGUCUCGUGGGCUGCUGGGUAAAGACAGCCCCAUCCACAUCCGACAGAACCGCAGAGACGCUCUAAAGGAGGCCGACGUGGUUCUCCUAGCAG